GAUUCGACCGCAAAGUGACGCACGUUAGAGGCCCGUUUAUCGAUAGUCUCGAACGUAAGAGAAACGGAUGUUGAAGCGCCUCUAACGGCGAAUCUUUCCGUUAAGUAGGCUUGCGACAAGCACGUUGUCGAAUCGGUGAGCCACGAUGCAGAUCUUCGUAAAGACCCUCACGGGCAAGACCAUCACCCUUGAGGUAGAGGCGUCCGAUACCAUCGAAAAUGUCAAGGCUAAAAUCCAGGACAAAGAGGGAAUCCCUCCAGACCAGCAGCGACUCAUCUUCGCCGGCAAACAACUCGAGGAUGGCCGUACUCUUUCAGACUACAACAUCCAGAAGGAAUCUACGCUUCACCUGGUGCUGAGACUCCGUGGUGGUGUCAUUGAACCCACGCUCCGUAUUCUUGCCCAGAAAUACAACUGCGACAAAAUGAUCUGCCGCAAAUGCUACGCACGACUCCAUCCCCGUGCUACCAACUGCCGCAAGAAGAAGUGUGGCCACACAAACAACAUCCGCCCCAAGAAGAAGCUGAAGUAGAUCUUUUGCCCAAUUCAUUUCUCCAGGCCAUGGGAAUUAUGGAAUCUGUACCAAACUAUGUAUCGUGCGCCUGUAUCUUUCUUAUUCUUGAUUCCAAUAAAAUCUAAGUGAUCAAUUA